UGGUCACACAGAAUUCCGAUUAAAACGUGCGCCGGCUUUUUCCGCGUAAACAUUGGUCAUUCGUAUAUCCAGGGAUAGAUCUUGGAUAUUCCUAGCAGCAUGGGACCCAGCAAGAUUCCCCCACUGACCUACAAGGUCGUGGCGGAGUGCUCCGUCUCCAAGGCCCGGGCGGGAUUGAUGACCCUCAGGCACAGUGAGGUGAAUACUCCGGUCUUUAUGCCCGUGGGCACCCAGGGUACCUUGAAGGGCAUCCUGCCGGACCAGCUCAUCGAGCUGAACUGCCAAAUCCUGCUGGGCAACACCUACCACCUGGGCCUGCGUCCUGGCAUUGAGACCCUCAAGAAAGCCGGAGGUCUCCACAAGUUCAUGGGCUGGCCCAGGGCUAUCCUGACGGAUUCUGGUGGCUUCCAGAUGGUUUCCCUGCUGCAGCUGGCCGAGAUCGAUGAGCACGGUGUGAACUUCCGCUCACCCUUCGACAACAGCCAAUGCAUGUUGACGCCGGAGCACUCGAUUCAAAUCCAGAAUGCCAUCGGUGCGGAUAUUAUGAUGCAGUUGGAUGACGUGGUGAAAACCACCACAGUCGGUCCCCGCGUGGAGGAGGCCAUGGAGAGGACUAUCCGCUGGGUGGACCGCUGCAUAGAGGCACAUGCCCGGGAUGAUGAUCAGUCGCUGUUUCCCAUUGUCCAGGGGGGCUUGGAUGUGCCCCUGCGACAACGUUGCGUUUCUGCCCUGAUGGAACGCCAGGUGCGAGGCUUCGCCGUGGGCGGAUUGAGUGGCGGCGAGAGUAAACACGACUUCUGGCGGAUGGUGGAUGUGUGCACUGGCUACUUGCCCAAGGAUAAGCCGCGUUAUCUGAUGGGCGUGGGCUUCGCUGCGGAUCUGGUGGUCUGUGUGGCCCUAGGCAUCGAUAUGUUCGACUGCGUCUUUCCCACCCGCACAGCUCGAUUUGGCUGUGCCCUGGUGGACAGUGGACAACUCAACCUGAAGCAACCAAAGUACAAACUGGACAUGGAACCCAUCGACAAGGACUGCGAGUGCAGCACCUGCAAGCGAUAUACACGCUCGUAUCUGCACAACAUUGCCACCAACGAGAGUGUCUCCUGCUCUCUGCUGAGCAUCCACAAUGUGUCGUAUCAGCUGAGAUUGAUGAGGAGCAUGCGGGAGGCCAUCCAGAGGGAUGAGUUCCCACAAUUCGUCCAGGAUUUCAUGACGAGGCACUUUAAGGCCGAACCUAUUCCGGCUUGGAUACGGGAAGCUCUGGCAGCUGUGAAUAUUCAGUUGGCGGCGGAUCCGGAGGGGGAGAGUGAGCAGGAGCUGAAGCCAAAGACAGACAAGAGGCAGGAGAAGGAGGAAGUGGCAGAGGAGCAGGUGGCCACCAGUUAACAUUACAAAAGAUUGGACGUUCAACCAGUAACCACUAAUGAGGCAUAAUUAGGAAACCUUAAAAUACCUUGAAGACAUUUUACAAUUGCUUGUACUUAGUAUAGAAACAAACAACUUAAUAGAAAUUUAAGAAGAAAGUAAAACAAAAUUCAAUUCAAAACAGAAGCUCUACUAAAUUAAAACCCCUAACAAAGUA